CUAUCGAUUGCUCUGCGUGGGAUUCUCCUUGUCUGCUCUCCAUCGAUGCUCUCCUUCUCCACCAGCAGCGUCUUGCAGGGCAAUGCAUGUUUGAGUUGUGGAGCUUCGCUGCGAUUUAAAGCAUCAUGGGCCGUCGCAAAUCCGACAGUGAGGAUGACAGUCGCAGCAAGAAGAAGAAAAGGCAGCGACGUCGCUCAUCAUCCUCUUCCUCCUCUUCCUCCUCAUCCUCCGACAGCAAGGUGACCAGCGGCCGGGUUCGCAGGUCCAAUCGACGGAGCCGAUCUCGCUCCAGGGACAGGGACAGAGACAGAAGGAGAAGACGGCGUUCCAGCAGCAGCUCCUCCCAUAGCCCAUCUCGCAAGAGGACGAGUCGCAGUGCAGGGAGAGACAAAGGGAGGAGCCACCGCUCUCACAGGUCCCGCAGCCGAGACAGGAGGUCUCAUUCUCGCCGCCGAAGGUCUCGCAGUAAGAGUGGCAGCCGCAGCCAACGAGAAAGCCACAGUCGCCGAAAGAGUCGCAGCCACAGCAGAGAGCGGGACCGGAGCCGACGCAAGGGCCGGGACCGGGAGAGGGAGAAAGAGAAGGAGAAGGAACGGGACAGAGGAAGAGACAGAGACAAGGACAGGGACAGGGACAAGGACAGGGACAAGGACAAGAGUAAAGAGAAGGCUGACAAAAAAAAGGAGGAUGCCGCGAACAUCAAAGCGAGAUUAGAACAUCUGACUCCAGCAGAACAGGCCAAAGUUCGAAUGCACAUGGUCCUUCAGGCCGCAGCCAAGACGGAUGAGGUGCUGAGGGCCAAAGUAGCCAAGAGAGAGGAGGAGGCCCGAAAGAAAUUAGAAGAAGGGGGAACUUCGCUGGAGGAGCAAGUGCGAAGGAUAAAGGACAUCGAGGCCAUCGAGAGUGAUUCCUUUGUUCCUCAGGCUUUCAAAUCAUCCAGGGAUGAUAUAAAGACGGAGCCAGUUGAGGUGAAGCAGGAGUCACUGAGUGCAGAUCCCCAGGACAUCACUCUUCCCAUGUCCAUAGUAUAUGACGACAGUGACGCACUCGCCCAUCCCAGUUUAUUCAUGGACAAAGAGAAGGCAGAGGAGCUGUGGCUCAACCGACUGGUCUCACUGCGACAGGAGAGGCUCAUGGGAAGUCCUGUGACCUGAAAGACACGAGACAACCCAGAAGAAACCUUCCCACUUCCUGGAAACGUUCAAUCCACAUCUACGUUCACUCAGUCGAGUUGGCUUCAAUCAUAGCUCAUCCCCUGACUAUCUCUUAAUACAUUUUAUAAGGACAUUAAAAACUUAUUUUUUCACCCUUCCACUAAUUUCUCUCACCUUUUUAAGAAGUUAAGAAAAACCUUUGGUCCUGAUGUGUUUUUUAUUUUAUUAAUGUUAAUGUAAUUUAGUGAAACUUCUUCAUUUGGCUUCAUUUUGUUGCUACGGUCAGAUGAAAUGAUGUUUUACUGUGUACGGUCGCACAAUAAUUUCCCAAUUUGAGAUCAAUAAAGUCUCUCCAUCUAUCUUUCCAAUAGCUUAGGUAGUUUUUCAAGUAAAAUCACCAGGUAUUGUUUGAUUCCAAAUUUUAAAAUGUGUGUAACAAUGUGAUAUAGCUGCUUUUGAAUCAACUGUUUGGUUUUUCAUAAUUUUUUAAGUUUAAAAGAACGAAAUCUAGAAGUUAUUAAUAUAUUUUUGGUUUGUCCUACACACAUUUAUAUAUAUCCACGACAUUUUUUUGUCAUAUACUUUUUCAUUAAAUUCUUAUCAAAUAAAACUUCACAGAGUUGAAUAAUGAGCCGGAUGUCGAAAACCAAUCUGUACGACUAGUUAGAGCCAUUGUUUGUUUCCGAGCUGAUGUUCACACACACAUCAUGGUGAAGGUGUCCUGUAGUGCCUCUGUUUUUCUGUACCUCUGUCUGACAGACACUAAUUAAUCUUCUCUACGCUCUCCUGUAGUUAUUCAUGGACAAAGAGAAGGCAGAGGAGCUGUGGCUCAACCGACUGGUCUCACUGCGACAGGAGAGGCUCAUGGGAAGUCCUGUGACCUGAAAGACACGAGACAACCCAGAAGAAACCUUCCCACUUCCUGGAAACGUUCAAUCCACAUCUACGUUCACUCAGUCGAGUUGGCUUCAAUCAUAGCUCAUCCCCUGACUAUCUCUUAAUACAUUUUAUAAGGACAUUAAAAACUUAUUUUUUCACCCUUCCACUAAUUUCUCUCACCUUUUUAAGAAGUUAAGAAAAACCUUUGGUCCUGAUGUGUUUUUUAUUUUAUUAAUGUUAAUGUAAUUUAGUGAAACUUCUUCAUUUGGCUUCAUUUUGUUGCUACGGUCAGAUGAAAUGAUGUUUUACUGUGUAGAUGUAGCAUUUGUAAAAUUUUGGUCUUUUGUAUCGACUCGUUGAAUAAAGCUUGCUUAGAUUUUU